AUGAAUCACUCUUGUUAAAAGGUUUUCGAAGGUUUCGUAUCAGCUCUCUACGAUACCUCUUACUUUUUCCGUAACUUUGGUCCCUUCAAGGCUACUAUUCACUAUGCAACUUAUGCCAACUACCUUGCCUAAAACUGGGCUCCUAGAGUUUCUUACAUUGAAACAAGCACUCCUGCCUACACCUUAGCAAAAAAUAAAUACGCUGUCUACAUAGUUUACGGUCUUAUUGGUGGUGCUUUAAUUCACAAUUAUAUGUUGGAUAACAAAGCUGCCCAAAAAUCCUAAUAAUACUAUCUUAAGCAUAGAGAUUGA